AUGUCCUUGUGUAAUCCCUUACCCCAUGGAUUAUUGGAAGAGCUUGGCAAACUUGCAGAGUUCAAAGAACGGGGUCUAAUUCUUGACCGUCACUUCGAGACGAUAAAAGCACACGUGAAGGCGGGCAACUCCGUUGCGGAGGAACAGUGGGCCACGCAGAUUGAUGGCGAAACCCAGGGUAUUACCAGCAGCACCCGCCUGUCCUCUUCAUCCCAACAAGAUGCCGGCAGCGCACGCGGUGCAGCAUCUUCUCAGCACCCACCUGCCGCAACAGCGGCUACCGCGAAGAGAAAGGUCGUGGAUCGAGGGAAGCAAGCCAGGGAGAGUGCUGCCAAAGGCAAUUCAGGCGGCAACAUCUGUAACGCGUUCGCGAUUGGCAGCGGACAACCGCUUCCCACCUCCGGCCCCGAGUCCCGCCGACCUUGCCCGCACUGUCCCAUGACCUUCGUGAACGAGCAAGGCCUUGGGAUCCACGUGAGAACGCAGCACUGCAGUGCAAACAUGUCCAACGGCGCGCAGCUGCGGCGCAUGCUACGGAGGGAUUCCGAAGGGAGUGUCCUGCCGUGGGAAGCAUCCGGGCCUAGGCGUUGUUGGCACGUGAAGGUCAAUGAUGCGACGGGGGCGGCUUCGCUUGUCCUCCAGCGGAAGCGCUUUCUCGAUCUCGACUUGGAUAGCGACGGCUUCAUGGACCACAAACCCAAGGAAACUCGUGGAGCUCCCAAGCGCAGGCGAUACGACUUCACGUUCAAAGCCCAUGCUGUCAACCACCUGCGCAUCCUCCAGGAUAAUGCCGAAGACCUCUGGAAGGAGGACACUAUCGUGCAGUGGGCCCAGAACGAGAAGGAUCUGAUCGCGGCGGCAGCCGAUGACGUGAAGAGCCUCCUCGCCAAGCAGCAGCCUAAGCGGUGGGUGUCGACCCUGUGGCUGACGAUCACGUUCCGGAAGCUCGUGCGAGAAAUGUACCCCGGGGAUCAACGGGCGGCGGCGUUCCGCGCAUCCUUCAGACGUCGGACCAACAUCAAGAACAAGUCUGUUGAAGAGCGCCUGACAAAGAUAGAGCGCUUCCACCGACUGUUUCGCAAGCUCCCGCAAGAGUCGGUGCGGUACAGGGCGCCCGAUGAAUCGGACGUGUCGGCAAUUACGACGGUCACGGAGAGAGAGUCUAGAGUUCCUAUGUACGGUCAAUUCCAGCUCUGAGAGCGUUGGAAUGUGGAUCAAGCGGCUUUGGCAUUCGUGAACGGGCUGAUCGACACGUGGGACAAGAGAGGUGCGUUGCGGGUAGUAAUCUCGCAGCCCUUUCCUGGCCUAGAGAAAAGGCAGUGCAACAUGCAAGUCAUCUUUGGUCCGGGUGAGAAGGCCAUGCGAAUUUGGUGAUUUUCCGAGGUACGGGAAAGCGGAUCUCGCCGGUGGAGAGCCUCGUACCACGAGGACGUGGACGUGUUUUUCCAGGAGA